CCUUCAUAAAUAUUCUCUUAUAUUGUUCUUAUACUUUUUAAUUAAGAAAAGUUAAAACAUUCACUAGAAACGUCUCUAAUAAUGCCUGAAAUAAUAUAGUUAAGCAAAGGCUCGUGAGCUUUUGUCAUAUCUGAUAUAAAAUAUUAACAGUGAGAUGAGGCACCAUUGUGUUAAUAUCUUAAUUUAUAUCUUAUUAAUUAAUUCUGCAGAAUUGAAAACUGAUUUUUCAGAGCAUUUACGUCACAUAAAAAAAAAGGUUUUUCCAGUUUUUAAUAUGAAAGAAUACUCAGGUGUAGGCCUGCAACUGAAAUAAUACCAUGCAGCAUUGUGUGCCCUGUCCCAAUGGCAGAAAUGUUCUCAAAUCCCCACCCAAAGUAAAAAAUAGGAGUUAAAAAUAGUAAAACUAACAAAUACAGUUAAAACACUAGAACUGUUAGCAUUAAAAUAUCUUCACAUUUAAGUAGUUUUAGUGAAAACUGUCCACAUAGGGUCUGUGUAUUAUCCAGAGUAACAGAGACAUGUAACAGAUGUUGCUGUUUUAAGUUUUUAGUGCUCUGAGGACACUUUCCAUUCACCUCCAUCACACUGGGGUGGAGGCAGACACUCAAACCUGAACAAAGAUGUCAGCAUGACUACACACCACCAGAGCCUGCAGACACACUGCCGCUUCACCGACGGCCUCGUCUUGCAUGGAAGCGCUGCUCAGAGAAUAACUGGACUAACACACCUGAAACCUUCAAUGGAGAACAGCCAGAUCCAGGAGGCAGAGGACAGCUCGUACCUGUGUUUCCAGAGAACUCCUUCUCUCAGGCGCAAAUGGAGGAAACGUUACGGCGGUCUGGACGGGAACAAACUGCUGGAGCCCAAUAAAGACCCAGACAUGAAAGAGGAUGGAGGGAUGACAGAGGAGAGCCAUCAGAGGAACUCGGAGAACCAGGACACAGCACCCCGCCCAGCUCCCAGGAGCCUGAUCCAGAACCAGGUCCAGACUGCAGUCCAGAGUCCAGUCCAGAAACCCGUCAGCCUCGUCAGUCCUGGACCCGCAGUGGUCCCAGUGUCAGCCAGUAAUGGCUGCCUGAAGCCUCCUCUCCCUCAGGCGGUGGUCCAGCCGGAGGACAGAGGCUUCCCCCCCGCCCAGCCCUGGUUCCCCCCACAGCAGAGUCCGUCCAAACGCAGGGCGGCGGCUGAUGUGCUGUUUGACAGCUUCGCUUCAGAUGGAAGAAUUAACAUCAACCAGUUCUUUGAGGCCAUCUGGAGCUCCGGUCUGCACAGGUCUGACCCUCGGCUCAGGGAGUGUUUCUUCCACCUGAGGAAACUGCAGGACGCCGAGGGAUCGGUGGACAGAAACACCUUCCACAGGUGUGUCACAGGAUUCGUCUCUCUGAUCCUGAAAGCUCUGCAGGGACGAUUCGUCAUCCCAGAUUUUUCCACCUUCACUGAAGAAACUCAGAAGUUGUUUUCGAAGUGUCGUCAGCUGUCGUCUGCCCAGGAGAAAGAAAAGGAGAACAUGGACAGCACUAAGUGGGGCGUCUCAAUCUGCACUGUGGAUGGACAGAGGUUGUCUCUGGGCGACUGGGCCGGCUCUCUGGUUCUGGGCGAGGUGUCAUGGCCGCUGGUGUACGGCGUGGCGGUGGACCUGCUGGGCUCCGACCUCGUCCACAGAUACGUUGGCGUGGAGGGCUACUCCAGAUACGACUCUCCAUUCACUCUCACCAAAACAGGAAUCCCUCACAGCCCGCUCACCGAGACAGGAGCCAUCGUUACUACAUCUCUACUGCAGCUGGCGGGGAGGCUGUGUGCAGAGGAAGAGGAGAAGUAUGACUCGGUGCUGAACGUCAUCCGCAGACUCUGCAACAAGGAGCACGCCAACUUAAACUGCACCAGUGUUCAGAGCAGCAGGAAGGCCAGCGUCAGACUCCACGCUCUGUCCUUCUACCUGCAGGAGAAAUCGUGUUUUCCAGAGAAGGCCGACAUUAAUGCUGCUUUGGAUCUGAUGCUGCAGUGCGCCUCAACAGAGAUCACCUGCGAAUCAGGAGCUGCCAUGGCCGCUUCAUUAGCCAACGGGGGCCUCUGUCCACUGUCAGGUGACCAGGUGUUGUCGCCGGCGGCAACGCGGAGUAUGCUGUCCAUGAUGCAGGUGGCGGGGAUGAAGGACUACUCCACGACCUUCCACUACAAGACGUCGGUUCCAGCCGCGUCCAGCAGCCACGGCUGCCUGCUGGCGGUGGUUCCUGGUGUUCUGGGUCUGAUGGCGUUCUCUCCUGAGUUAGACGCCUGUGGAAACCCCUGGAAGGCCGUCCACUUCUGCCAGGAGCUGAUUUCGACAUUUCAGCUGCACAGUUUUGACAUCAGGACUCCGUUCAGGCAGAUUCUGGCCUACAGACAGUGGAAGGCUGAAUCUGAGGGAUACCAUAUCAUGAACGUCCUGCUGGCAGCUUUUAAAGGAGACGUGCAGGCCCUGAGGAGGUACUUCCUGUCUGGAGUGGACGUGAACGCUGUCGACUACGACGGCAGGUCGGCUCUGCACGUGGCGGCCGCCGAAGGUCACACAGAGGUCAUCCGCUUCCUGCUGGAGAACGCCGGAGCAAACCCCACCCUGAAGGACAGGUGGGGGAGCUCUCCUCUGCAGGAGGCCAGGAGGCACAACAAGGAAGCUGCAGUCCAACUGCUGCAGGGCGCCAUCUGACCCACAACACCCCGUCAGAAAGUUAUCUGGAGUUGAUGAAUAAAACCUGAAACCUCUUCAAGUCCGGAACAUGUGAAUGAACAAGCGAUCCAGGUUUUAUCCAGCAGAGAGAAAUAAACUAACAAACCUUCUUCAAACAGUCAUCUGUUCAAACACAGCUUCACUGAGCGAUCUGAAAAACUGCUCAUGUUCCCAGACUUUACUUCAGAGGCAGUUUGAGGGACGAACAGAGGGAUGAAAGAGUUUUUCUUUGUCUCUGGACUGAAAGCAGCUCCUGCAGCCGUCUGACAGAAACCCACGUUCAGUCCAGUUGGCCCGACUCGAGUCAAUAAUUAAUAUUCUGUUCACAUCAGCUUCUUUUCUGUUGAUGAGAAAACACUGUGCUGGAAUCUGCUGCGGCGUUGUUUUUAAAUAAAGCAGCUUUUUGUGUCUUAA